AUGUCGUCCAUGAGAGCAGCCCGGUUCUACGGCAACAGGGACAUUCGCGUCGAAGAGGUCCCCAUCCCCGAACCGGGGCCGGGAGAAUGCCUCGUCGAGGUGGAAUGGUGUGGAAUCUGUGGGAGUGAUUUGCACGAGUAUGCUGCCGGACCCGUGCUGAUGCGCACCGUCGACCCGACCACGGGCGAACCGCGCCCCAUCAUCUUCGGCCACGAGUUCUGCGGGCGCUUAAAAUCCGUGCCCCCGGGCUCCAAGCUCCAGGUCGGGCAGGCCGUCAUGGUCGACCCGCACUGCAUCUGCCGGACGUGCACGAGCUGCACGGCGGGCGACGACCACAUCUGCCACAAACUGGGUUUCAUCGGCGGCAGCAGCGGCAAGGGCGGCGGGCUGUCCGAGUACGCCACGGUCGAGGAGGCGCACUGCCUCCCGCUGCCGGACAACGUGAGCCUCGAGUACGCGGCCGUCAUCGAGCCGCUGGUCGUGUGCCACCACGCGGCCAAGGCGUCGGGCCUGGACCUGGCCGGGUUGAACGUCCUGAUCCUCGGCGGCGGCCCCGUCGGCGCGGCCCUCAUGUCCGUGCUGCGCGCCCACCGCGUCAACAAGAUCGUGCUGAGCGAGCCCACGGCCAAGCGGAAGGAGCAGGCCAAGGACGUCGUCGACCGGGUCGUCGACCCGCGCUCCGAAAAGGUCGGCGACGUCUGUCGCGAACUGACGGGCGGCAAGGGCGUCGACGUCGUCUUUGACUGUGCGGGCGUGCAGCCCGCGCUGGAGGCCGGGUUCGACGCCUUGAGGUCGGGCGGGACGUUUGUCAAUGUCGCUGUGUGGGAGAAACCGAUCCAAAUCCAAUUCCUGCCCUUCUUCUUCAAGGAGGUCAAGUUCAUGAGCUCGUGCUGCUACAACGAGCAGGAUUUCAAGGAGGUCAUGGAGUUGAUGGCCAAAGGCAACCGCAUCGCCCUCGAGGACACGGGACCCAAGGGGUUCGAGGAACUGGUCAACAACCGGGACGAUCAGAUCAAGAUUCUGAUUUCGCCAAAGAUUCGGUGA